UGCGGUGCAAUAUACAGGGAGCACAACAGUUAAAGAGACGAAUUAUUGAACAGUUGCAAGCAUUUUUUCACGCUAAUAAUGCUGUGGUUAAUAUGUUCAAAACAGCAUUGGAACGAAUGCCAUCGGAUACGCACAAAUUUGUCAUAAGAGCGGAUUGUACUCCAACAGGUGAACAUGUGCGAAGAUUCAAUGCACCCACCGUUAAUGAUGUUGCUGCAAUUAUUGUUGGCGAUCCAACUAAAUCACGAGACAUUGUCGUUCAGCGAAGAAGCAAUAUCAUGCAUCGUGUAAACGAGACACAUCGUUUGUACGAUGCGUUACAAUAUCCAAUCAUUUAUUGGCAAGGGCAAGACGGAUACGACAUCACGUUGAAGAUGGUCGAUCCAAUUACAGGAGUAUCAACGAAUAAUAAAAAUCUAAGCGCAAUGAAUUACUAUGCGUAUCGUAUGAUGAUUCGUACACAUGAGGAGAAUGUCAUUCUGAAGUGCGGUCGGCUAUUCCAGCAAUUCGCUGUCGACAUGUAUGUCAAAGUCGAGACCGAACGUUUAGCGUUCAUCAGAUUCAAUCAGCCAAAGCUACGAUCUGAGGACUAUAUACACUUGCGUGAUGCUAUUCAUUCAGAUGGUGAUGUUCAGAAUAUUGGACGACUGACGAUUCUCCCAUCAACUUAUAUCGGAAGCCCACGCCACAUGCACGAAUACGCUCAAGACGCUAUGACGUACGUGCGAAAUUAUGGAACUCCGGAUUUAUUUAUUACGGUCACAUGCAAUCCGAAGUGGACGGAAAUUGAACGCGAGUUGGAACCGGGUCAAAAACCGCAAGAUCGCCAUGACAUAAUCGCCAGAGUAUUUCAGCAAAAACUCAAGGUUAUGAUGGAUGUGCUUACUAAGUAUCGAGUUUUUGGUGACACACGUUGUUAUAUGUACUCGGUGGAAUGGCAGAAGCGUGGACUACCGCAUGCUCAUAUCCUAAUUUGGUUGCUGAACAAAUUACAUUCAAAUGAAGUGGAUGACAUCAUAUCAGCUGAAAUUCCUGAUCCAGUCACUGAUCCCCGUCUACACGACAUUGUGACGACACAGAUGGUGCAUGGACCGUGCGGUGCAUUAAAUCCAUUAUCGCCUUGCAUGGCUGAUGGAAAGUGCACAAAACGAUAUCCGCGACCGUUAGUUGCUGAUACAGUCACAGGGAACGAUGGAUAUCCAGUUUAUCGUCGGCGUUCAAAAGAAGAUAACGGUCGAACUAUCAAAGUUAAAGUUCAAAAUCAAGAGAUUGAGAUCGGAAAUGAAUUCAUUGUACCAUAUUGCCCGCUGCUAUCACGAAUUUUCGAAACACAUGCAAACGUUGAGAGUUGUCAUUCGGCCAAAUCAAUCAAAUAUUUGUGCAAGUACGUCACAAAAGGCAGCGACAUGGCUGUGUUUGGUAUUGCGUCGGAAAAUGUGAAUGGCGAAAUCAGCAACUUCCAAAUGGGCAGAUACGUCAGUACUAAUGAAGCACUGUGGCGAUUAUUGUCAUUUCAAAUUCAUGAAAGAUAUCCCACAGUUGUACAUUUAGCAGUGCAUUUGGAAAAUGGCCAAAGAGUUUACUUCACUGAGGCUAAUGCGGCACAACGAGCUGAGAGACCACCAUCGACAACAUUGACUAGCUUCUUUGCAAUGUGUGAAGCAGAUCCAUUCGCAGCGACGCUGAUGUACGUUGAAAUGCCCAAGUAUUACACUUGGAAUCAAUCAACAAAGAAAUUCCAACGUCGCAAACAAGGAACCCCAGUUCCAGACUGGCCACAGGUGUUUUCAACUGAUGCACUAGGUCGUAUGUACACUGUUCAUCCUAGAAACGAUGAAUGUUUUUAUUUGCGACUGCUGUUAGUAAAUGUACGUGGACCGAAAUCAUUUGCGCAUUUGAAAACUGUGAAUGGCCACCAAUGCCAAACAUAUCGAGAAGCAUGUCAACUAUUGGGUUUGCUGGAGAACGAUUCUCAUUGGGAUUUAACACUUGCAGAUUCAGUUGUUUUAUCAAAUGCGUACCAAAUACGAACGCUGUUCGCAAUUAUCAUCACCACAUGUUUUCCUUCACAACCAAUUCAGUUAUGGAACAAAUACAAAGACGCCAUAUGUGAAGAUAUCUUGCAUCGCUUGCGUAUUCAAACGAAUAAUCCUGACAUCCAAAUAACCGAUGAAAUCUACAAUGAAGGAUUGAUUCUGAUUGAGGAUCAAUGCUUGACUAUUGCAAACAAGCUACUGAUUGAAGUAGGAAUGAUUGCGCCAAAUCGAUCGAUGCACGAUGCAUUCAACCAAGAAUUAAAUCGAGAGCUGCAAAACCACUUUUUGUAG